AUGAAGCAACUGCGGUUCGGUGGUUUUCGUCCAACUCGAAGAAGUCGAGGAGGUCGAGACGAACUCUGUCAAGAAAUGUUCGCUGCAGAAGGUCCUCCACCGGGAUUUUUCGCCCAGCAUCCGAUUGGAUUUUUCUGUGAUCCUUAUGGGGAACGAGGACCGCUACCGCCACUGCCAGCUUUUCCAGUAGCUUCCGAUGCUCCACAUCCGCUAGUACAUGAUGGUUUCGGAGAACGAAACUCACCAAUGACCGGCACCGGUGGGGGUGUGGUGGGAGCCAUACCGACGUCGCUACUUCCGGCCGACUUCGAUCCCGACAUGAGCGGUUACCAACCGCUUCCGUCGAUGUAUUCGACCGAAUUGAAAGCGCAUCCGAUGGCUGGUUGGUAG